CCAUCAUAAUGUCAAUUGUAGGAUAUUAUGUCCCUCACAUGAUGUCUCUCAUGUGAUUACUGAGUCAUUCCAGCGAGUAAUGAAUCAUCAUGGCUUCUGUUGGAAAUUAGUGUCGGAUGAACAGAAGAAAGAGUAUUUCAAAGACUUUAAGAAAUUCUUCUACUGAACAGGAUUGAGUGAAGAUGUUGUGUACAAACAUUGGUACACGAGGGCAAGAGAUAGAUAUAAAGAUCUUAUUCAUAAGAUCAAGAGGUGCCGAAACAACGAGCAUCCACCUCCAUUCAUUCCUGGAAGAGAUUGGUCAAGUUGGAAAGAGUAUUGGGGUCGGGAUGAUGUGAAAGAAAAAGCAGAAAAGGCGCGAAGGAAUAGGAUGUCUGAACCAGAUGGAGUUGGAACAGGGAUCAUAAAGCAUAGAGGUGGCUCAAGAUGUGCUUUGGAUUAUGCCAUGGAAAUGGCAAAAGAGAAAGGAGUCACCGUAGAAGAGGUCCAGCUCGAUGUGUUCGAAAGGUUUCACGUCACAAAAUCUGGUGAUUACACAGAUGGGAAGUCUCGUGCUAUUGCAAUGAAGGUGAAUGAGCGUAUUGAGACAUUGAGCCAGCCUGUUCCCGGCACAGAUGAGGUGCCAGAGGUGGAUAGGAAUGAGAUCUUCAAAAGUCUUAUCCAGCCCUCGAAGAAGAAGAGAUUGUUUGGUGCUGGCUCUCUUGCGCAUUGCUAUAUAAGUGGUUCAUCGAGUGCUGAUUCUGCAGCGACCUCCCAGCUCGAUUCCACUGCUCAGCAGAAGUUGGUGGAGGUGCAGGAACUGUUAGAGUUAGAGAGACAUGAGCGUCAUCAAAGCGAGGAAAAGAUGCGAGCAGAGCUGAGGGCACGAGACGAGGCACAAGCACAGAUGCAGGCACAGUUUCAGGCACAGAUUCAGGCUCAGCUACGAGCUCAGCAGGAGGCGUUUGAGCAAGCUCUAUCGAAGCUAUAUAGUGGUAGAGGAGGCUCAUCAUCUUCCUCUUGAUCCUUUUAUCUUUAUAUGUUGGUUUGGAACUAUUUUGAACACUUUGAUUUUAACUUUUAGUUAUGUUGGAGAUUGAACUUGUUAUGUUAGAUUUCUAUGAAUUAAUGUGAUAUAAGACUUUUUGUUAUUUAUA